ACUGUGAAGACGAUUUCUGUUUGUCAUCCAAAAUUUAACAUCUUUGUCGACUGCCGACAACUUGCAAAAUUUGAUUCGUAAAGGGAAAAAUUUGUAUUAGAAUAAUGUACGGAGGCAAUCAACUUUUUUCGCAGCAAUUAUGGGGAAACGGCCCAGCCCCGGGACAAUUUUACAAUUUCACAGGAGGCUACGGUGGGCUAGCAACAACACGCCUGAAUAACAACUGCAAAGAGUACACUACUCCAGGCCUUUUUGGGACCCAGCAUAGUUCAUCUCCCAUUACCACCGGCACCUCUGUAGUAGGCAUUCGAUUCGAUGGUGGCGUCAUGAUUGCUGCUGAUAAUUUGGUAUCGUAUGGUUCCUUAGCUCGCUACCAAGACGUCCAACGUGUAUUCAAAGUGAACAACAAAACAAUCAUGGGAGCUGGAGGAGAUUUUGCUGAUUUUCAGAGUUUAAAACGUUCCAUCGACCAGAAGAUGAUUGAAGACAUGUGUCACGAAGAUGAACUUGAGAUGAAACCAAAAUCUUUGUACAACUGGUUGACCCGCGUCUUUUAUAAUCGUCGCAGUCGCAUCAAUCCAUUGUGGUUGGAAAUGGUAGUAGGUGGUUUGGACAACGGUGAACCUUUCUUAGGACAUGUUGACCUACGUGGACGUGCUUACCAGGAUGAUGUGGUCGCCACUGGAUUUGGCAAGCAUUUAGCGUUGCCUUUAGUGCGAGAACACUUGGUUGAAGGACAAAAACUGACACAACACCAAGCUUCCGAAGUGCUACGUAAAUGUAUGGAAGUUCUGUACUACCGUGACUGUAGAUCAAUGCCAAAAUAUUCCGUUGCUGUUUGUACCAAGGAUGGAAGUGUAGUCCAAGGACCAUUUAAUGUAAACGAAAACUGGCAAUUAGCAACUAUGGUUAAGGGCUAUUAAAAAUCACUUACCAUUCUUUAACUGUGUAAAAAUUUUUGGAGUGUGAUUAAAUUAAAUUUAAAGAAAAAAUUAUGUUUUAUAUAAAAUCAACAAAAGAUUUGAGUUUGCAAUGGAGAAUACAAUAGCUAAGGUUAAAUUGAAGGGUCGAGCAAGUAUAGUUGAAAUAAAAAUUUGGAAAUUUUUCUGCUUCAUUCAA